AUGCUGCGGCCACUAACGCGCCUAAGUCGCGUGGGUCGGUGCGCCAGGCUGAAGGCACAACCCGACCUAAGAAUUGCACCCGACAACGACCUGGGCGUCACGCAACCGCGACUGUUCAAGAUGUCGAAGAGAGCCAUCAAAGGCGAGUACGUCGAGACUGACACUGGAAACAAGGUCUCGCGACGCUCACAAAUCAGUGGGACGACAAAUAUCAUUCUGGGCGGCAAAACGGUGAUUCAAGCGGAAGUCAUCAUUCGCGGUGAUCUAGUGCGGACCUAUGCCACGUCGAGCGGAAGCGCAGAAAAGGGUAGCGCCAAUCAGGUCGCCGUCUCCAUCGGCCGUUACUGCUUCUUUGCGCGCGCCUGCGAAUUGAGGCCACCGGGAAAACUGUAUAAGGGGCAACGAAUCGCGGACCAUGUCUACGUCGGCCCGGGAUCAGUGGUUGAGGCGGCUCUCAUUGGUAGCCAUGUUAACAUUGGCGCCCACUGCAUAAUCGGUAAAUUUGCCAUUCUCAAGGACUACGUGCGGGUGCUAGAGGGUUCCGUAAUUCCGACCAACAUGGUCGUGCCGAGUUUCUCUAUCGUUGCCGGCCGGCCAGCACUCGUGGUAGGCGAGAUCAUGGAAGGCGAAAUGGAAGGCAUGGAGCUGAGAGACCUAUAUCGUAGUAGAUGCGGAGGAGAAGCGCGGAAACUAGGGGUGAUCAUGGGCGAUAUCCAUUGGUCGACAUGA